UUUCAGUUUUUUUAUCUAAUAGACUUGCACUGACCUUAUCUAAUCCCAGGACCGCGAGGUUAACCGCCGGCCUAACUAAACAGAGCUCGAUCUUCUUUAACCACCAAUCCAAACGAAGUGUCCCGCUAUCUUCGCCGGAGAUGGGUUCUAAUGACGGCGCCGGCGAUCGGCCGACAAUUAUGGUAACCAACGACGACGGAAUCGACGCUCCAGGUUUGCAAGCUCUGGUUCGUGUCCUCGUCUCCACUAAUAGAUUCAAAGUUCUGGUCUGUGCCCCCGAUUCGGAAAAGUCUGCUGUUAGUCACAGCAUUACUUGGAGCCAUGCUGUUUCCGUCAAGCGAGUAGAUAUUGGUGGAGCAACAGCAUUUGCAGUCUCCGGAACCCCGGCGGAUUGUACUUCUUUGGGAAUCUCCAAAGCACUCUUCCCUUCAGUGCCUGAUCUGGUAAUCAGUGGCAUUAAUAUGGGUAGUAACUGUGGUUAUGACAUUGUCUAUUCAGGGACAGUAGCUGGUGCUCGAGAGGCUUUCUUUAAUGGUGUCCCAUCUCUCUCUUUAUCAUAUCACUGGGUUAGAGGCACUAGCACCAUUCGUGAUUUCACUCUGGCUGCAGAGGCUUGCUUACCCAUCAUAUAUGCUAUAUUGGCAGAGAUCAAGAAUAAGACAUACCCUAACACAUGUUUCUUGAAUAUAGAUCUGCCAACGAAUGUUGUUAUUCAUAAGGGAUAUAAGUUAACAAAGCAGGGCAAAAGUUUUAACAAAAUGGGCUGGAGGCAAGUGACUUCCGACACACAGGGAGGAAAAAUGUUAUCGACAAUGACUAUGGAGACAAAUUCAAUAACAAGCUCAGAUGUGGAUUUGCCAACCAUAUCAGGAGAAAGCCUCUUAUUCGAGAGAGCAGUAAGAAGAGCCCAUGUUGACGACAAUGAUACAGAUUUCCCUUGCCUUCAAAAAGGAUAUAUAACUGUCACUGCUCUAGGCGCCCUAUCUGAUGCAGCUUCAGAUUGCCAGGCAUACUUAAAAGAGUGGCUCCCUGGUGUGGCUCCCCGCUUUUCUUCUUCGGCCUUAUAAUGAAGAUGUACGCAUUUAAGCUGAAAAAGAGCUUUUCUACCUAUGUUGAAGGCGAUCCGUCUAUUAUCUUUUAUAGGGAAGCCCUAUUGCCCUGCUCACUGAAUUGUGAGUGUUUAUGUUGUUGCAUAGCAAACUCCUAAAGGGUAUCUAUGAAUCUUUUAUUUCAUUUUGUAGGAAUCCCAUGGAUUGAUUUGUUGGACUACUGAUAUAUUUGCAUAAUUCAAAGAAUAUUGAUGUUUUUUCA